AGCUGUUUCGCGUUCAGUAGUCAAUCGAAUGUGUAACGAGAAUGUCGCCGUUAGCAAACAGUUCGUACUCUAAGCGCGCGUUUUGCGGCUUUAUGCUUGGCUGGACGCUGCUCGUAGCGGCCGUCAGUGCGCAGGGUCAACGUGAUCAGUUCAUCAUACGCGUUGCCGAACUACCCAAUGACUUGCCCAACGAAUCGGACAGCGCUGCAGGUGUGGGCGGUGGUUUCAAUUUUAAUUUCGACGAUUUUACACCAAAUGCCGCUACGGAUUUGGGUGGCUUGACAAUCGGCGACGUGACGGCGCAGCAACAGCUACAAGCGCCCGAUGUGGUGGUGGAGGGUCUGAAUUUGCUGCAGCGCAACAAUUUGGUGGCAGCUGCUGGGAAUGCGCAGGCGCCUGGUCCACAACAGCGCAUACGCAUGAAUUUGAAUAGCGGUUUGAGGCGGCGGCGUUGAGUCAACGGGGCAAAGAAUAGCCAAAUUAUGCAAUUGUAAAUCAAAUAAUCGAAUAUUAUUAAUACAACACAAUUAUUAUUACUGGCCUUUGGAAUGUUUCAAUGCAAACAUAUACUUAUUUUUUAUAUACUACAACUGAACAUAAAGUGCGCUAA